UGCAACCCCUUCUGUUUGGGUUGUCUUAUGUGAAAUGGGACAUAUUUUAUAUUAUGCUGUCCAAGGAUGUUGUUUAUAAUUAGUUGUUAUAGCAUAUUGGCAUAUCACAUUCGUUUAUCUUUUUAUAAUGAAUCAUGGAUAAUGGUAUUGGACCUUACUAAUGUGCAUCCUACUAUUUUACCCUAUAUUUUAGGUGACUACCGAAUUCACUUGGCGGGGCAGGCCUCACAACACCAAAAAUGUUUGUGCUAAUUUGAGAAAUCAGAAAAGUUCUGGUAUGCAUGGCGUAUUUUGAAAGAUUACCUGGUUUUGGUUCUUUCUUAUUUCUGCAUGCAGACUGUAUUCGGUUGGAUAAUAUUAUUUUUGUUCCAUAUAGAUACUUGCACACUUCAUGCAGCAUUGGCAACAAUGGAGUCUUUGAAGAAAUUCCAGUACGCAGAAUUUCAGCCACCAAAAGAUUUUGAAUGGAUUUUGUCGGCUAUAAAACUUACCGCAGAAUAUAAGACUAUCACUGAGAAGAACAUAGGAGAAGAAGCGGAUAUGGCACAAAGGGGUUGGAGACGCCUUGAGGCUGGUCUAUACACUCUUCAAGAGAUUGGCGCGGAAGGACACAAUACUCUGCAGCCUAAGAAAGACCCGAUACGUUUCAAGCUUAAGUCCUAUUCAAGAAUUGAUAUCAACGAAAACGAAGGCGAAGGCCUGAAAGUCGCAGUUCGUGAUGUAAGAGCUGGAACAGUUUUCUUGAUAUAUUUCAGAAUUUCCCGAAACUACUUCACCUUGAAGCCUGGAGAGAUUUACCAUUACGACGCCACGAAGGCUUAUGUAAGCCCGUCAUUUUCCAUCCCUGCUUCUCAUGUGGUAAUGAUGAUUGGGUCAGGUGAUACUGCGAUAUGCACAGAGCUGCCUAACGGAGGUACACAAUGUGAGAACAGUGUUCAUCUGAAUUUCCAGAACAGUGCAGGGAAACUGUUCGGUGACGAUGGCUUUGGUAAGGUUGGGUCCAGCUCUGUGAAGGGCCUAUACAAAAUCACUGUCUGAACUCACAGGAUAUUUGUAACACACUGAUUUUG